UCGGUCCAGAUGUUGAACAACAUCUUCACGGACAGGUCAAUCUGCGUGAUGCAGGAAGAGACCUGCAGGCCGCUGAAACUGCUGUUCAGAUGAUGGAGACAUGCCAGGGGGUCGAAGAACUCAUAAAGCAAGGACAAUUAGUCCUUCAUCGGUAUGUUGCCGAGAGCUUUGAGAAAUUAGAACGGGAAAGAAAUGGAAGAAAAGAAAGUAAAAAAGAAAGAGUUGAAAGGAGAAAACCACAACUGUCUGUGGAUAUGAUGGAGGAAAACAUCCGACAGUUUGAGAACACAUUGGAACAAGUGAGAAGGAAGGUUGAAGAAUACCGAAGAUUGAAAGAACAGCAAGAAGAAGAAGAGAGAGUAAUGGAAGAGUUGAGACAAAAGUUCCAUUACGAGGAAGCAGGAAGUGAAGUUGCAUCUAUUCUUCAGUCUAUCAAUGUCCACCUCAUGCAUCUCGAAAAGAAGCUUGAUGAUAACACCGCCGCGAUCGAGUCCAUGCCUGACACAGUCCUUUGUUCUGUCUCACUGGAUGAUUCCCUUGACGAAUUCGGCAAUGAACUAAUAGCAUUAAGGAGUUCGUGGGCGAAGAAAGCAAAGUCUAAGGGGUUGUGGGAAGAACAGGCGAAGGAGAAAGCUAGAUCGCAGCCAGUUUGUAACUUCGCCGAGGGAAAGUCGUUGAAUGAAGUUUUUGCUGCUGUCACUUCAUGCUUUUGCGUGUCUGCGUGACUCUUGUGAUCGUGAAAGUGGGACAGCGGAGGGUGGUUGUAGGCAUGGUGUCUGGCGUCUGUGGCUCGGCUUCCAUCCGCAUGAUCUCCACAGAGAGUUAUCAUCCAGUGCUGUGGCAGGUUUGUGGGUUUGGCUUUCUGUUAUCUUGACCUUUUUAGGAAGUGGAAUUACAAGUGGUAGUCUUUUCACAUCUCUAUCACAAUCACCUUCAGUAUUCCACAAAACAUAGACUCAUAGAGUAUUGAGAGAAAGGAUUGAGAGAAAGGAUUGAGAGAAAGAAAUAGGAUGGGCAGUUUUCUUCGGAGUAGAUGAGAGGCAUUUGCUAGAGAAGAAGCCCGUCAUUGACACUACGAGUCACCCUUUUUUUUCCUCACUAUGUGACCCACGGCAUUUGUAGAAAGCAGAGUCUCUGAUAGAGUAAUGUAUGCAUGGCCUUUUGUCUUAUCGUCUACUCAUAAUUUCCCUUUUAGCAGGAACGACCGAGCUGUUUUAUAUUUCUUUUCCUAGCAGGAGCAAUGGAUGGAUUGUCAUAUAUAACAGGGAGGGGAAGAGUACUCAUGGGUCGGAACUGUCGAAAGGGUUGGGAGGAAAACAACUGAACAGAACAGGGAUGACCGAUGUGGGUUUUCAAAGGGAACGGCUAUUCAUUUCCAUAAUGGUCUACAUUAGGGUGUUUUUUUUCCUCUUCCUUCUUUGCUUCUCAGGAGUUUGAUGCCUCUUCAGUGUGGUUCAAUUCUUGAAGGCUCGGUGUUGCUGAGACUGCUCAAUGUCUGGCUGCAAUUUCAAAGACCGGUUUGAUCUUGCCUUGGGAUGAUUCUGUGUAUUUCCUCUCGGAUUCUGCAAGUGAGGGCGCCGUGCUACAUGGUUUGCCUUGCUCCCUUGUGCCUAACCUGCCUCCCAUCUCCAGCUUGCAGUUCACUAAAUGGAGGUCUGAUGGUACUUCCUAGGCUGAAACAUCAAUAAAAUAAAUAACCUCAG